UUACCCGGCGGCUGGAAUAUGGUGAUUAUGGAUGCCCUUGAUAUUGAUAAUGGUUGCUUCCCGCAACGGCCUGGCUCAUAUCGACUGCUCAGUGAGAUAGCUGUUUUGGACUGCCAACCGCUGAAGGAGGCCAUCACCUCUCUCAUCCGGGAGUUACACGAUUACAAUGACGGCUACGUUCAUGGCGACCUUCAGGAUACCAAUUUCAUCGUGGGAGACAACAAACACUUCAUGCUGCUCGAUUUCGAUUGGGCUGGACCGAUACAUAAGACCCAUUAUCCUGUGCAUGUUAAUUGGAAGGAUAUUCGUUGUCCUGAUGGUGUGUCGGAUGGGGAGAAGAUUGUGGCGGAGCAUGAU